GUGUUUUUUGGGAUUUGCUAUUGAAAAACAGCCCUUAUUACAUGGCCAUAAAGUCAUGUCAUUCUCAGAUGUUUGUUAGAUAAUAAAAAUCAAGAUCGAGAUAGAGGUUGUUUAGAAGAAUAAAUAUAUUCCAAACCCACGUUAAACUGAAUUAUAUUAGUGCUGAAAGCGGAUACCAUCCUCUUCUGUGGCUAAUUUUAUCCAGGUGUAAAGAAAACUUAAAAAUGGACGACUUGGAAAACGAAAAUGAACAAAAGCGAACGAAGAGUCGCAGUCCCUCUCCAGGCAUCAAAUCGACAGCGGUGGUGAAAUACACCGCCUUCCAGAGCCCCGUGGGCUACGCUCGUUUACAAUGUAACACGGAUUUGAACAUGCCUCCCUCCAACUGGGGGGCGGCCAUUGACUCGUAUGGACUGAAGCAGAUAUUGACGAGGGGCACUGGGCUAUCCAGCUUCAGGAUGGCGCACAUGUUCCCUGACUGCGUGGGGGAGGUGGACGUGAUAUCAGGUGCCGAGUGCAUCAAGAAAUUACUCAAGUUACCGUACCAACCCAACGGAACUGUAAGUAUGAUGGUGCACCGCGUCGAGAAUACUCUUCUUUUGGACGAUUUCGACGUGUACGAUUACCUGAUGAAGUCCGAGUGGUCCUGGCUGAAGGAUUUCUUCUACGAGAACAUUUUGAAGACCAUGUCUGAGCAGGAGCGCAUGUCCCUGCGUCUGUCCCCGCCGAGCUCUGCGCUCCAACUGACGCACAAGUUCCUGUCGCACAGCGUCGCUGACCGCGUCGCCGCCGCCCCGCAGCCCAUCCCGCAUAUAUCCGCCUCAAUGUGUCUCGCUGACAAACGCCCAUUCCUCCCUGAACCAGAGACACGUGCGGAAGAACCGCCAAACGAACACUUAUACAACCGCAAUGUACUCUGGACCUUUGAGGACAUCCAUAUGCUCAUUGGGAGCGACCUGCCCAUCUUCGGAGACAAGGACCGACCCUGCGUCAGUCUUAGACUCAGGGACACGAGGGAACCCAUCAAUGUCCUCACCGGGAUUGACUACUGGCUGGACAACCUCAUGUGCAACGUCCCUGAAGUCCUCAUGUGUUACCAUCUUGACGGAAUAGUCCAGAAAUAUGAACCGAUGAAAACUGAAGACCUGCCCAAUAUGGAGAAUUCAAAAUUCUCGCCAAAAGUUAUAAGGAAUGUUGCUCAAAAUAUCCUGUCUUUCUUAAAGUCUAAUGCGACUAAAGCUGGUCAUACUUACUGGCUGUUCAAAGGACCUCAUGAUGAUGUGGUGAAACUAUACGACCUGACGUCUCUAUGUCCGGAUAGUUUGGAUAAUCCGUUCACGACUCCGGUGGCCAUGCUGCUGUACCGCGUGGCCCGAAAUAUGCGCAUGACGAACAGGUCCAAACAUGUCCGCCAGCUGUUGGAACAUGUCAUUGAGUUGCUGAAAGAAGAGAGGUAUCCUCAAAUCAUAGCGUCCUCCCACUAUAUGCUCGCUGAUUUAUACGUACCCGCCACUACGAAUCCUGCUAAUCCAGAUUUUAAAGAAGAAAACACAGACUCAGAUUGUGAAGAUCCAGAUUUCGCGAACAGCGAUUAUCCUCCUCAAGCGGAAGACGUCAGUUCAGAGAACGCAGAAGAUACCGAAGUACCAGAAAUGGGAGGAUCCGAAAAGGGAGAGGGAUCUGAAAAAGCGGAGGAAUCUGAGAAGGGAGACGGUUCCGAAAAGGGGGAUGGAUCUGAAAAAGGGGAGGGGUCAGAGCAUGUCGAGGGAUCUGAAAAGGGGGAAAUGUCUGAUGCCGAAGUAGAAUCUGCCCUUGCGCUACAAAUCCGAGGUUUGGCACUCAGAGAUAUAGGGGAUAAGGUUCGGAAUACUGUUGAGGAGCGUAAGCAGUCUGCGUCGGCAGGUAGCGGGGUGGGCACUGCGCCCCCCGACCGCUGUGGGCGUGCCCUCUCGCACGCACUAAAGGGACUCCAAGCCCUGCACCAUGUCACUAUACUCAAGUCCAAGGAAGAAGAACGCGAGCGAAUCAAACAACAAAUAAUAGUAGAAGAACAACACCCCAAAAUGGCGAAUCCUUACGAACCAAUCAAAAUGAGUUACGAACCAAUUACUAAGUCCAAAACCGAAGCCAAAGAGCACACGUCCCGCAGCCGACGGCGCAAACGCGAGAGGAAACAAAGCGAGAAAUCCGGCAACUGCCUAAUUGAAACCAAAUCUAAUAUUGACAAAAAUGCCAUACAGAUAUUAAAAGAUAAAAAGAUCUACCCAACCUGGCAUGAGCCGAAUCGCGACGACAAUUUCGCUUGGAAACUACAUCUUAAGACUUUGUUGUAUGAAAAAAUUUGCCUCGCUUACGCCACUUUAGCAGAAUACAGCUACGCGAACGAACAAUAUGGCUUUUCACUCAAAUACAUCGACAUGGCAAGCAAAUGCCAGAAAUUGUUAUCGAAUAUGAUCAUUAAGAGUAAAGUUGUGGACGCUGGGUGCUUGAUCGGUCGUGUUGGUGACAAUUAUUUCCAAAUGUCCAAGAAUUGGCAUCGUUUGGAACAGUUUAGGAAACAGUUCGGUACCGACCACGAUAUCGAUUCUAAGAUCAGACUUGAGUUGGAAAGUGACAUGACUGAGGAAGUUGAACAUGCUGUGAAUGAUGAGUUUGAGUUGGACAUCUCCCUGCCGUCGAGCGAGGUGUCGGCGAUGUUGAUGUCGAUGUCGGCGUACCGCCAGGCGGCCCGCGGGCCCGCGCCGCGCCGCGCCGAGCUACUGCGCCGCCUCGCCUCCGUCGGCAACGAGCUCGCCGUCAGGUACAUGAACGAUGGACAACAGAUAUACAUGAGAUACCUUGAAGAAGAGGACCCAGAAUCUCGAAGCGCGAAGCUCCUACUAAAACAGUUCAUGUCGACGUCACGUAAAUCGCUCGAGUGUUUGGACGAAGCCACCGAAAUAUUCAAACAGGUCAACGACAUACCUAACUUGGCGCUCCUCUACUGCAACAAGGGAAGGUACCUGAGGUACAGGGCGCAUUGUGAUCAGGGAGGCUUCAGCCAGGAGAAGCGGCGGCUGUACAGCGAGGCGGAGGAGCUGUACCAGCGCGCGCUGCAGCUGCUGGGGCCGCGCGAGGCGUGCGGCGCCGCCGCCGUCUGGGAGCUGGUGGCCUGGGAGCUGUCCUGCCAUCUGUACACGCGCGCCCUGCUCAUGCAGGACUCCACCGACCACGCUUUUGUUAGUGCCCACACUUUCUGCUCACCAUAG